AGUCCACUCUUUGCUCUGUGACUCUGUGUUAGCUUCUUCCUCCCCUCAUUUUCCGCUCCACAGAUUCCGGUCUCAAACCAUGUCCACCGAAGCUCGUUCCAAGUCGAGUUGCCGAGCCUUGGAUGAUGAGGUGGUCGUCCCGCUGCUGGCCCGGCUCACCACCCUCAAGACUAUCCUCGCCAGCACCCCGGAAUCAGCAUCUAGCGGUGCUGGGGCUAUGAGGUCUGAGGCCCGAGCCCUGCUGGAGAAGAUCGAGCGACAGAUGGCUCAGCUGAAGGAUGUCGUCGGCCGGAUCGACAAGACCGAGAAGGAAAUUAGGUACAGCUUUGACCCCGUAGAGCGGCACGUCGACGACGCAAUCCGGGCUGCGGAUAAAAUGGAAGGGAUUUGCUCCAAGCUCCGCGAGGUUGACGCGGAGAUGGCAAGUAUCCAGGCCAAGGUGCACAAAGCCUACAACCUUGCAAAAGACUGCGGGCAAGAAGAGGGAGAUAGAGGAGCUCCAUCACGGCGAGCUGUGGCGUUGAGUAAUGGCGGAUCCUCGGUGAUAAACGAGAGGACGGAGGAGAUCUGGCGUAGCCCGCAGAUGCAGCACAUCAGACUCGUCGUCCGCGGGCUGGACGAGCAACUGCGGGGCUGUCUUAUCUGCCUCGCCGCAUUCCCUGAGGGGGACGCCGUCAUCAAGAAGCGAGUUCUCAUCCAUUGGUGGAUAGGUGAGGGAUUCGUAGCCUCCUCAAAAGAAGGAAGCCGACGAUUCAAAGACCUUGCUGACAAGGGAUUCAUCAUCCCUCUAGGGAAGGAUCACUGCGACAAGAUCCAUCGGUGCAGGCUAAUGCCAUGGUUGCGGGAAUCGCUGGCCGGCUUAGCCAACCGCAACAACUUUCUUGAUGCCGAAGAAUCCACAGAUUUCACCGGGAGAAGCCGCGCGUUUCUGCGCAGCCGGAAGACGUCGUCGCCCCUAAAUUUCAAUCCGGCGGUGACAACUGUCUACAACAUGGGCCAGAAGCACGUCCAGCUUGACAAGGGCUGUUUCGCCGGAAAGAAGAAUCUGAGCAGUCUGCAGCUUGGGCAGUGGCGAGAGUUUGCCCCCCUCGAGCAAGUUAACAACCCUGACCGAAGCCACAUUGAGGUCAGCGGCACGGAGCGAUUGGCGGAGUUGGGCCAGUGCAACAAUUUAAGGAAUUGGGGCAGGAGGUCACUAAACUCGAUCACCUCCAGUACCUGGACUUGUCCGAGUGCCACCUGCUGACCGGCAUGCCCAAAGGGAUAGGACGCCUCACACGGCUGGAGGU